GUAUUUACACAGACGAAUCGAGAGUCGACGGUAGCGGUGACAGCUCGAGAAUCCUGAAUCACAACAAAAGUACUUUCCUCCGUCCGCACAAAAAUUGAAGUCUAGACAAAAUGACAAAAAUAUACAGUUUACUGAUGCUGGUGAUUUCAAUAAACCAUAAAGCUUUAGGAUUUGAAUGGAACACAAAACGUCUGCCUUCAGUCAUAAACACAGGGGGAAACAUUUCUUUACAAUGGACUUAUACUUUAACUCAAAAUGAAGAAAAACAAGCUCAGUUAUUCUCUCUAAUUAUCAUCGACAAAGAAAGAUACCUAUAUAGUAAUGAAUGGAUAACAUUAGCAUUCAAGGCUCCUCUUGGUGGAUUUUACCAUUCUGUUGUACAAUCACCGUUUAUACAGCUAACACAAGACCAAGGUGCAGGAUUAGUAGUUUAUAAUGUCACCUCUCGGUCUGAGACUAGAUAUAGAUGUACGUUUAUCAGUGGAUUUCCUGCGCCAAGAAGCAUUGUCACACCUAAUAUUCAAGAUAUUCCAACGAAGAUUCGUUUAAUUGGAUCACGUCCCAACGCAGGCCGAAUUGAAGUUUAUCACAAUGGACUAUGGGGCACUGUAUGCAACAAAAAAUGGGGACUUACAMGCGCUGCGGUUGUAUGCAAAAUGCUGGGGUACAGAGGCGCUACACUUCCGAACUGUGGAGGUGCUUGUGUCUCAGGUAGUGGACCGAUAUGGUUAAGUAACGUAGUUUGUAAAGGAGACGAGAACACGAUAGAUGACUGUACGCAUGGUGAGUGGGGAAACCAUGACUGUAGACAUGGAAUGGAUGCUGGAGUUGUUUGCAUGCCAUCUUCAAGUACAGCGUCUACAAGGGCUCCACCGCGGCCAACAACACCGACAUUUGCAGUUCGUCUAGUUGGAACUAACCAGUCAGAUUCUGGAAGGCUGGAAGUAUACCAUAAUGGAGASUGGGGUACUGUCUGUGACGAUCAAUGGGACAUCAACGAUGCUAAAGUCGUUUGUCGUAUGCUUGGCUAUUCCUUCGUCAAUUAUACACAUUCCUUUGGGGACCUUAUGCCUGGAUCAGGGAAAAUUUUGAUGGAUGGAGUCCGUUGUUAUGGGAACGAGACCUCUCUGAGAGACUGUCUUUUUAACGGUUGGGGUAUAACUGAUUGUGGUCAUAAAGAAGACGUUGGUAUGGCAUGUACCAAUCAAGCUCCAGUUACUAGUGUCCCGACACCAACAACUGUCAUGCCUACUCCCUCCCCCAAAGAAAUUCGUUUGGUCGGUGCAAAUCGAUCAGAUUUUGGUCGACUUGAAGUAUACCACAGUGGAUUUUGGGGUACUCUUUGUGGUGAUAUCUGGGACAGCGACGACGCUAAAGUUGUGUGUCGUAUGCUGGGAUAUCUUUUCGUAAARUACACUGGUGCUGUAGGAGUCAACAUCCCGGGAAGUGGUAGGAUUCACUCGGUUGAAUUCAGGUGUAAUGGUACCGAAAUGUCAUUGGGAGACUGUGGAUCUUUUAAGCGGAGUGUAGCAAAUUGCAGCCACGAUAAGGAUGUGGGAGUCUGGUGCACUAAUGUCACCACAACUGAACUUCCUACUACUGCUGCAUCGCCUACCACUUCUGUUCCGCCUACCACUACUGCAGCGCCUACCACUACUGCAGCGCCUACCACUACUGCACCGCCUACCACUACCGCAGCAACUACCACCACCACUGCUGCACCAUCUACUACUACUGCAUUACCAACCACAGCCGUUCCGAUAAGAGAUGUUCGCUUGGUUGGUGCAAACCGAUCAGAUUUUGUCGGCGAUAGGAUUCCAGGAAGUGGCACGAUUCUCAUGGAUGAAGUGAAAUGUAAUGGAAGUGAGAAAUCAUUGAAAGACUGUGCUUUUGAUGGAUGGGGCAAGUCUGAUUGUGGCCAUGACGAAGAUGUCGGUGUCUGGUGUACUAAUACGACAACUGCACCUUCAACAACUCCUCGACCGACCAUGCCCGCCUUUUCCAUCCGCUUAGCUGGUGGAACGUCCAGUUUUGGCCGAGUUGAAGUGUUACAUAAUGGGACAUGGGGCACCAUAUGUGCUGAUCAUUGGGACGUAAAUGCAGGUAUUGUUGCAUGCCGAAUGCUGGGAUAUCCUUACGUCUGGUUCAGCGGAGUUAUUGGCCCAACUCUCCCAGGUUCGRGUCAAAUUUGGCUAGAUGAUGUUAAAUGUACAGGCAACGAAAGUUCACUCCUGGACUGCUCACAUAGAAGUUGGGGAGUGCAUGACUGUAAGCAUAGCGAAGAUGCCGGUGUCCAGUGUGGGAAUACUGCUACUCCGCCUCCACCAACCACUCCUAAACCAACGACUCCACCGCCACCAAAAAUCCCCAUUCGUCUGGUUGGUGGCAAAACUUACACCGAAGGACGAGUCGAACUUUUCCACAACGAACAGUGGGGAACAAUUUGUGAUGACAACUGGGACAUCCAAGACGCCCACGUUGCUUGUCGUAUGUUAGGUUUACCCGGAGCAACCAGUGCUGUUGUAAAAGGUGGAUUUGGACCAGGUACGGUCAAGGACAUUUGGCUUGAUGAAGUUGCRUGUGUUGGAACUGAAUCUUCCCUCGCUUCCUGUCAACACUCUGGUUGGGGUGUUCACGAUUGUUCUCAUAGUGAAGACGCAGGUGUUGUCUGUCAGAGGGCAGCUGUUGAUACGAAAGUUGCUGGAUGCAAUUUUGACAUCGAUUACUGCUACUGGCAACAUGAUGUCACAGACGAAUUCGAUUGGGUCAGAAAAAGUGGUCAAACAGACUCCGCUGACACGGGUCCGUCUGCUGAUCACACUUCAGGSAAAGGUCAUUAUGUCUACGUAGAGACGUCCGAAUGCUCUACUGGAGAUGUAGCUAAACUUGUUAGCCCGCUACUUGGAGCUGAGACACGAUGCCUGUCAUUCUAUUACAACAUGUAUGGAGCUACCAUAAAUACACUGAGGGUAAAGGUGGGAAAAAAAUCGAUUUGGGAACUCAGUGGGAACCAAGGACAAAAAUGGUACAAAGCAAUGGUACCAUUGAAUUUUACAGACCUAUUUCAGGUGGCGUUUGAAGGAGUAUGUGGUUUGGACUAUCGAAGUGAUAUUGCUAUUGAUGACAUCCAAUUUACAAAUGACACCCAGUGCACUAAAUAUGCUGAAAGCGCAGUCCCUGCUAAGGUGACGUUCAUAUCGGGCAGUGUGACGGUAUCCAAUGGAAAUAACGCUAGUUUAAGCUGUUUUGGAUCUGGUUCUCCCACUGCUGAGGUCAAAUGGUUCCGUGAUAACAAACUAGUGGCUGGUGGAUAUUCCAAUUCUAAUUACACUAUAACAGGAAUCACAAUUAAUCAAGGUGGUGAAUACACAUGUGUUGCGACCAACAAAUAUGGAUCGGAAAGAAAAACAGCUCGUAUUUUCGUGCUACACAAGCCAAUGAACACCACCACACACUUUAACGUGUCUUUUGAUGCAGCGAUGCCUGGGGAUACUGUUGCCAUAUCAUGCACAACAGAUGCGAACCCUAAUGCAACAUGCAAAUUAUAUCACCAUGRUAACAAGCUUACUGCAGGCGUAAUUCAUAACUUUACAUCAUCUGACCAAGGAGAAUAUAACUGUACCUGCUCUAACAGCCUAGGUAUCGGCUAUGGAGUGAAACCUCUCACUGUGUAUGAAAAACCUGCCAUACACACCCUUUUUCCAAAAUCACAAAACGUGAGCGAGACUGGACCUUUCUCUAUKUUCUGCAACGCCACAGGCAACCCACAACCAAAUAUAACAUGGUUCAAAGUGGGCUCAAGAGGCAAAUUAYUUCCAUCUGGUAAAACUCUUUCGAUAUCAAGCAGCUCAGUUGAUGACGAAGGAUUCUACACGUGYGUUGCUGAUAACGAGAGGCGCAGGGACAAAGCUAACUCAACGGUUAUCAUACAUUUGCGAAUCCCAAGAAUAAUAGGCGCACCACAAAAUGUUUCUAUUGGCGAGGACGUUACUCGUAACAUCAGUCUGCACUGUAACGUAACUGGUAUUCCUCGACCGAAUAUAAAAUGGUUCAAAGAAGGCAGUCCAAGUCCAGUGGCAUAUGGCGAAAAACUGUCGUUAAUAGCGAGGAAGGAUGUUAUGGGAACCUAUGAGUGUGUGGCAGUAAAUGGGAUAGGAAAUGCAGCGAAGGCCAAAGCGUCUGUCAAUAUAAUGUACAAGCCAUAUUCUACAACCUUAAUCAGUGAUCGUGCCAACCAUUAUGUACUUGGCAACAAUCCUAUCAACAUAAAGUGUUCAUCCAUGGCAAAUCCACCGGCCAAUCGCUAUGAAUAUUACCUCAAUGGCAAACACUUGAUCACAAGUACAACUGGAGACUACAGAAUUGGAAGGGCAAAAUCAUCUGAUCAAGGGACAUACACCUGUUAUUCUGCUAACGUGAUAGGCUAUGAUAACCACAAUGCUUCGAUAGAUGUUAUUGUAUAUGGACCUCUUUCUAUCGACACUGCCCCCUUAAACACAACCGUUACUGAAGGUGGUAACGUAACAUUGUUUUGUAACGCAAGUUCUUCCUCCAAACCYGUGAUAACAUGGAGGAAAUCCGGUGAUACCUCUGCAAAAUUUCCUAAUGGACUGCAACUUCAUUUGACCAAUAUACAAAAGAAGGACGCUGGAAUUUAUGAGUGUCAAGCAGAUAAUGGUAUAGCAGCACCAGACAUUGCUAAGGCAUCCAUUGUAGUUCAACACAAACCAAACAUUCCAUCGCUUGCGACAUCAUUAGUAUCCACCAUAAUCUACCCUAAUGAGUCCUUCUCGUUAAUCUGCACCGCAACAGCAAUUCCUUCUGUAACGAAUUAUGUAUUUUACCACGAUGGAGUACAGAUCGGCCAGUCAGUUAACGGUGCCUUUAACUUGACACACGUGUCUCAAUCAGGAAAUGGAACCUUUUCGUGUGCCGCUGAGAACGUUAUUGGUAGAGGACUUCAAAAAUCGAUUACAAUAAAGUUUUUAGUUUGCGGCAGGAAGAUCAUAGGAAGCUCAAUCCAUUCUCAAAUCGUGGSUGGAACAACUGCGCAACAUGGUGCUUGGCCUUGGCAGGUUCAGUUGGGUUAUGAAAAAAGCCCAACUGUCUUACGGCACAUAUGUGGUGGUUCAAUUCUUAACCGGUACUGGAUCGUGACAGCAGCUCAUUGUGUUACAGAACCAAGUCCCUCUGGACACACUGCUGUAGAACCACAGUAUUUAAAMGUUUCGCUUGGUGAACGGUUCCUUUACAGAGCAGACGGURCAGAACAGAACAUUCCAGCAGAGCAGGUCAUCGUCCACAAAAACUACAAUAAUCUGGAYUACGACAUCGCUCUUAUCAAGCUGAAACGUCCGAUCUCCUUCAACGCGCAUGUUUCUCCUGUUUGCCUUCCAUCCUUYGAUUUUGCUGCAGGAACAGCGUGUUACGUUUCCGGAUGGGGAAGGAUUACUCGAUUUUCUGCGGUCUCUGAUGUCCUCCAGGAAGCUGCAAUACCUCUCAUGUCAAGAGUAACAUGCAAGGACCACUAUAACAGCAUAAAAGACGUCACAAGUCGAAUGAGAUGCGCAGGAACCUUUGGCCAGUCCAAAGGAACAUGUAAGGGAGAUAGUGGUGGCCCACUUGUGUGUACUAAGAAUGGACAAUGGUAUCUAAUGGGCGCCACAAGCUGGAGUUCUGGGGGUUGUGCAGAUAGUGGGUAUCCUGGAGUCUAUAGCGAUAUGAUGUACUUUAAAAGUUGGAUACAAAAUAUUACAGGGAUCAUACAUUAAAUUGCUGUAYGUGAUGCCUUGUAUAGAUACCCAUUCAACAGUCACCAAGCUAUCAAAUAGACUUUACAUACAUAGCAACAUAUUAUAUUUAUUAUGCAUACAUACAUGUACAUAUAUUUUUUUAUGGAAAUGUAUUUUUUUUAAAGAGUGAUAUCAAAUGGGAAUGUCAAACAGAAUGUAAAUGUAAAUGUUUUCAGCACGUUUUCAAAUGCCCUAACCCAUGACAGUCAAUGAGGACAAAAGUUUGUGGGUGUAUUUGGAUAUGGCAUAAAGCUAGYACCCCGUUUUGAAGCGAUGGCUGAGAUCUGCAGAUGAACAAUUUCUUUUACUGAUUUUAAGUUAAAACAUAUAUAUUUUAUGUAAGAAAUAAAGAUAAAUAAAAACAAAAAAAAAAAAAGAUAAUUUUAGU